CUAAAAGAAAAAUUAAAGAAAGAAAGAAAAAAAUAGGAGUAAAAUUACACAUGAUAAAAGAAAUAUAAAAUUCUCUCUCCGAGGGCAACCAGCGGCAAACAUUUGAGUUAACAGCAGAGCAGUGUCACCUGCACUGGCGGUCGAACAAGCAGAUAUCCGGCGACAAGUGGAUCUGUGAUCAUUGCUGGCUGUGGAUUGCUUGUUUUUAUGCUGAACUGACUUGGGUUUUGAGGAUUGCAUCUUGGUUUCUUCUUACUUGGCUGAUUACUCUUUUUGGUUCUUGAUGUUGCGACUUGUUUGUCAGGAUGAGGCGCGCGUAUCAUACGCGCAAUUUUUAUGAUGGCUUACUUUUUUGCAAUUGUACGAAAGCUGUUUGUUGUUUUGCCACACGCACCAUUUCUCUGUAAGUUCAGAUGAACUCUCCCUCCAUGUGUAGCUUUUCGAACAAAAUUAUACCUUAAUUUACCCAGAAAAACCAUAUUGAUAGCCACAAGAGAAGUUGUGGGUUGCUGUUGAGAUGGUGACAUUCAUGGGAGACUUGAUUGUAUUUUAUCUCUAAUUUGUUUUUAUGUUUUAAAAAUAUUUUUAAUUUUUAUUUAAUUUUUAAUUAAUUUUUUUAAUAUUAUCAAAUUAUUUUGAAGUACUAAUAAAAAUUAAAAAAUAUUAUUUUAAUAUAUUUAUAAAUAACUUUCUUAAUAAGAAUUCAAGUUUGGUUUUUUUACAAUAAGUCAACAAUAUCUGUACAAUUUUGCUGGUAGUUUUUAUGGUGGGAUGUGACAUAGACAACUUCUAUAUCACUAGACUUGUCGAGCCAACCAUUAUUAUUAUCUUGAAGAAAAAGAAAAAAGAGAAGACAAGUCAACUUGAAAUUUAUUUAAAAAGGUAAUGAUUUCUCAGAAAUCAGAAUUACAAGAACCCAACAAAAAUGCUUUUUUUGCUUCAUUUUCAUAGCGAUAAUAAUGCCCAAAAACUAUGUUUUAAUUAUUGUGCUUGUAUUGUUGCACAUCCCUUUUCCUGGAUUCAUUAUAGGGGCAACAGGGGGGAAAAUUGGGUGCAUUGAGCGGGAGAGACAAGCACUUCUUAAGUUUAAAGAAGAUAUUACUGAUGAAUAUGGUGUUCUUUCUUCUUGGGGGGGUGAAGAAGAGAAAAGAGAUUGCUGCAAGUGGAGAGGAGUUGGCUGUGACAACAUAACUGGUCAUGUUACUUCACUUAAUCUUCAUUCCUCACCUUUGUAUGAGCAUCAUUUUACGCCUCUAACAGGCAAGGUUAGUAAUUCAUUACUUGAGUUGCAGCAUUUGAAUUACUUGGACCUGAGUUUGAAUAAUCUUGAUGAGAGUAUCAUGGAUUUCAUUGGCUCCCUAAGCAGCCUAAGAUACCUGAACCUCUCGUACAACCUUUUCACUGUAACCAUCCCAUAUCACCUCAAGAACCUCUCAAGAUUGCAGUCUCUUGAUCUCAGCUAUAGUUUUGAUGCCAGUGUUGAAAAUCUUGGCUGGCUUUCUCAUCUUUCUUCUUUGGAGCAUCUUGAUUUGAGUGGUUCCGACCUCAGCAAGGUAAAUGACUGGCUGCAAGUGGUUACCAACCUCCCUCGCCUAAAAGACUUGCGAUUAAAUCAGUGUCGUCUUACGGAUAUAAUUCCUUCACCUCUUUCUUUCAUGAACUCUUCUAAAUUUCUUGCUGUACUCCAUCUCUCUAAUAACAAUCUUUCUUCUGCAAUAUACCCCUGGCUGUAUAACUUAAGUAACAGCCUUGCUGACCUUGACCUUUCUGGUAACCAGUUACAAGGUUUGGUUCCAGAUGGCUUCAGAAAGAUGAGUGCUCUUACAAAUCUUGUUCUAUCCCGUAAUCAGCUUGAAGGUGGCAUUCCAAGAUCUCUUGGGGAGAUGUGCAGCUUGCAUACGCUAGAUUUGUGCCACAACAAUCUCACCGGGGAGCUUUCUGAUCUCACUCGGAACUUGUAUGGACGCACAGUUAGCUCGCUGGAGAUUUUAAGAUUAUGUCAGAAUCAACUCCAUGGUUCAUUGACUGAUAUUGCUAGAUUUUCUUCCUUGAGAGAAUUAGAUAUCUCGAACAAUCAACUGAAUGGGUCUAUACCAGAAAGUAUUGGAUUCCUUUCUAAGCUUGACUAUUUCGAUGUUUCUUUUAAUUCUUUGCAUGGUUUGGUGUCUGGCGGACAUUUUUCUAAUCUCUCCAAAUUAAAGCAUCUGGAUUUGUCUUAUAAUUCCUUAGUUUUGAGAUUCAAAUCCGAUUGGGACCCUGCUUUUCAAUUGAACAACAUUCAUCUUAGUUCAUGCCACUUGGGGCCUUGUUUCCCAAAAUGGCUGCGAACUCAGAUAAAAGUCCGUUUGCUAGAUAUCUCCAGUGCUAGCAUUUCAGAUAUCGUCCCUAAUUGGUUUUGGAACCUACUGCCUAAGUUGGCUUUCUUAAACAUAUCUCACAACUUGAUGAGGGGAACACUGCCAGAUUUUUCAUCAGUAGAUGCAGUUGAUGAUACAUUCCCGGGGUUUGAUUUGAGUUUUAAUCGGUUUGAGGGUCUACUGCCAGCUUUUCCUUUUAACACAGCCUCAUUGAUUCUUUCUAACAAUUUGUUUUCAGGGCCAAUUUCUCUUAUAUGCAAUAUUAUAGGCAAGGAUUUGAGCUUCCUUGAUCUGUCAAACAAUCUGUUAACUGGACAACUUCCAAAUUGUUUCAUGAAUUGGAGCACACUUGUUGUUCUGAAUUUGGCUAACAACAAUUUGUCAGGUGAAAUUCCAAGCUCUGUUGGAUCAUUGUUUUCCCUUCAAACAUUGAGUUUAAACAACAAUAGCCUCUAUGGAGAAUUGCCUAUGUCUUUAAAAAACUGUAGCAUGUUGAAAUUCUUGGACCUUAGUAGAAACCAAUUAUCCGGAGAAAUACCAGCUUGGUUAGGAGAAAGCCUCUCAUCUUUGAUGUUCCUUUCCCUUCAAUCUAAUGAAUUCAUUGGAAGCAUCCCACUGCAUCUUUGUCAGCUAACAAAUCUUAGGAUCCUGGACCUCUCCCAAAACACCAUCUCUGGAGCCAUACCAAAGUGUCUCAACAAUCUAACAGCUAUGGUUCUGAAAGGAGAAGCAGAGACUAUCAUUGACAAUCUUUACUUGACUUCUAUGAGAUGUGGAGCAAUUUUUUCUGGACGCUACUAUAUCAAUAAGGCAUGGGUUGGAUGGAAAGGAAGAGAUUAUGAGUAUGAGAGAUACCUUGGACUGUUGCGUGUCAUUGAUUUUGCAGGCAACAAUUUAUCUGGAGAAAUUCCAGAGGAAAUAACUGGCCUGCUUGGGUUGGUUGCACUGAAUUUGUCAAGAAAUAAUUUGACUGGAGUAAUCCCCCAAACAAUUGGGCUGUUGAAAUCGUUAGAAUCUCUUGAUUUGUCAGGAAAUCAGUUCUCUGGUGCAAUUCCAGUCGCAAUGGGUGAUCUGAAUUUUCUGAGUUACUUGAAUGUCUCCUACAACAACUUGUCUGGGCAAAUACCAUCAAGCACUCAGCUUCAGAGCUUUGAUGCUUCAGCUUUUAAUGGCAAUCCUGCAUUGUGUGGUCUACCAGUCACCCAUAAAUGCCUUGGAGGUGAUUUGCCUCGAAAUCCAGUGAUGAAUGGUGUAAUCCAAGACAAUCAAGAAACUGUUCAUGAGUUCAGUGCUUGGUUUUAUACUGGCAUGGGAAACGGAUUUUGUGUAUUCUUUUGUGGACUUUCAGGUGCUUUACUGCUCAUACGUUCUUGGAGACAUGCCUAUUUCCAGUUUUUGGAUGGAUCAUGGGGUUUGCUCUCUCGAUACUGGCAGCUCAUAAGGCUAGAUAAAAAGCACUGCCAAACUUGCAGUUAGGUUUUGACAGUCUUUCAGAUUAGGCUUACAAGGAUUCUUUGCCGACCAAAAAUCAUGGCUCUUUUACCUGUGGAGAAGUUCUGUAUCAUUGGUGCUUGUUGCUUGUUGCUGUAAUGGUACAUCACCUUCUCCAUUUGAAUCAUCUAGUUCUACUCGAAGCAUCCAAGAUUUUCUUUCUGCUUCAAUUCUGAAAAUACUUUGAUGUAUUACGUACAGUUAUGCUAUUGCUGGUUUUCGAAUAAAAGUGGAAGAAAGAAUGCACAAGUGAUA